AUGGAUCAAGAUGAGGAUACGGUGAUGCGGGAUCCUGGAUCUUCGACCGACAUGCCAUCAUCCUCUACUGAUGCUGCCGCCACUACAUUUACUACUGGCACAAGACCAAAUGGCGAUGGCGUACAACCAGCGACUUUGUUUGGAAUGCCUAAGCUUCCAUCAAGUCUCAUGUCACCGCCAGCCGCAAUCCCAAUGCCUAUGUCUAUGGGGGCUGCUACAGAAAUCACAGGCUUGACCAAAUCCAUCGAAGAUGAAGCUCUGCACACUAUGAUGAUGAAAUCAAGCGAAGAAUCCGAUAGUUUAAUAGAAGAAAACUCAGACUGGUCCGUCGACGACCCUUCUGCUGCGACAUCAGCAGUAGGUUUACCUGUCGCGUCGCUGGCUACUGGGUUGUGCUAUGAUAUUCGCAUGCGGUAUCAUUGCGAGGUUCGCCCGGCUGCGGAAGUGCAUCCUGAGGAUCCGCGGAGGAUUUACUAUAUUUACAAGGAGAUUUGUCGGGCGGGGUUGAUUGAGGAUUUGGAUAUUGUGCCGGCGCCGAAGAUGUUGGCGCCGAUGCCGUUGAAGAGGAUUGAUGUGCGGAAUGCGACGAAGGAGGAGGUUGAGUUGGUGCAUACGGAUGAGCAUUAUCAGUUUGUGUCGGAUACGCAGAAUCUACCCGACGAAACUCUGAUCAUGCUUGAAGAGACGCGUGAUUCCAUCUACUUCAAUCGACUCACGUUUGCCUCUGCUCUAUUAUCGGCAGGCGGCGCAAUCGAGACGUGUUUGGCAGUCGCUACCCGUAAAGUUAAGAACGCCAUUGCAGUGAUUCGACCGCCGGGACACCAUGCUGAGCAUGAUAAGACCAUGGGAUUUUGUCUGUUCAAUAAUGUAUCUAUAGCUGCUAAAGUAUGUCAACGUCAAUUGGGCGAGGCAUGUCGAAAGAUCUUGAUUGUUGAUUGGGAUGUCCAUCAUGGAAACGGUAUCCAAAAAGCAUUCUAUGAUGACCCUAAUGUCCUCUACAUUUCACCACAUGUCUAUGCCGAUGGUAAAUUUUAUCCUGGAGGCAAUGAGGGAAACUGGGAUCAUGUUGGAGAAGGUGCUGGACUGGGAAAAAAUAUCAAUAUACCCUGGCCAUCGCAAGGAAUGGGAGAUGGUGAUUACAUGUACGCAUUUCAGCAGGUUGUAAUGCCCAUUGCAACUGAGUUUGAUCCUGAUUUGGUAAUUGUGGCCUCAGGGUUUGAUGCAGCAGCUGGCGAUGAGCUGGGUGGUUGUUUUGUGACGCCUGCUUGUUAUUCUCACAUGACCCAUAUGCUCAUGACGCUGGCUAAUGGGAAAGUGGCCGUUUGUCUCGAGGGCGGUUAUAAUUUCCGCUCUAUUUCCAAGUCGGCGUUGGCAGUGACAAAGACUCUCAUGGGAGAGCCCCCCGCGCGACUCGCAGCCACAACGCCAUCCAAUCCAGCUGUACAGGUUGUACGCACCGUUAUGGCUGCCCAGUCGAAGUAUUGGCGGUGCAUGUAUCCAAAAAUCCCAACGCAGGAAGGGCUCUUCACCGACCGAUUUCAUGAUGUCAUCCGUCAAUAUCAGGCCCAACAACUCUACAACAAUUACAAACUCACUAGUCUGUGGAUCUAUCGUGCCUCGAUUUCGAAGUCGUUUGAAAAUCAGGUUCUUGCGAGUGCCAACUAUGACAGGGCGGUUCCCCUCAUCGUGAUUUUUCAUGACCCACCUGAAAUGAUGGGCGUACAUCACCCAGUCACAAAUAAACUGGAGCCACACAACUGCUGGAUGGCCGACGCGGUGAAGGACUAUAUCGCAUGGGCAACUCAGCGCACUUACGCCGUUAUCGACGUCAACAUCCCCAAACAUGUUACUGCAGAUACUUCUGACGUGGGGAAAUAUGAGGAAGAAGAUGUUGAUCGUCCAAGUCAGACUGAAGAAUUGGCGGGAUAUUUGUGGGACAAUUACAUUGAGCCAAAUGAAGCUACCCAUGUCUUUUUUAUUGGAGUCGGCGACGCGUUCUAUGGCGUGGCCAAUCUUCUUAUCAAUCGAGACAGCAUCUACCAACGCGUCAAUAGCGUGAUUUCAUUCGUCGCCGAAAACCCCGUCCGCGCUGUCGCAUCACCAACUCAGACCUGGCUUUCGCGAUGGUACAAAGAUAACUCCCUAGUCUUCGUCUCCCACACCCACGGCGUAUGGCACAACGAGAACCGUCGCAAGCCCUCCAAGCGAUACGGCCGAUUGCAACGGUCGCCCAAGACGGGGUUGAAUGAGAUGCUUCUUCAGCAUAAGGGGGAGGUGUUUACAUGGAUUGAGAAGCGGGUCAAGGGUGCUGAGUCGGAUGAAGAGGAGGGCGACGAAGGCAACGCUUGA